CCUGCAUUGCCAGCAUUUAAUUGUUUUACCAUGGCGCUAUGGUGGCCUGGAAAAGCCAUGUGAGAGGAAUGGAUGAUCGGCGGACAUGUAUGCACUGACAGGGAGGCCGGGUCGGCCCUGGCUGUGGAACCAGGCACAUGUCGUUUCUGCCUCGCACGGUCGAGCUCCACACGCGGCGCUCGCACUACGCCGACGACGACCGGCACGGCAGCACGCCCAAGUGGCAGUCGCUGUCGCGCAACCCGGCCGCGCUGUCCGUGAACACCGAGGCCCGCGCCGCGGCGCUCGAGUGCUACACCGUCGCGCUGCCCCUGUUCGCCCUGCCCUCCCGCACCCAGGCGUCGGAGCGCCCGGGCGAGCUCCUGCAGGACAGCGACCGCGUCCUGUACCUGAACCUGGAGCAGGACACGGUCGUGCUGCUCGGCGACCUGCAGUACGCCCGCCUGACGAGGUUGCUCGGCUGGUUCCGCAAGAUGGACACGCUGGCCCGCGGCCGGGGCCGGGGCGCUGCCGCCUCCUCCCCCCUGGCGGCGAAAGGGCUGAGGCGGCUGGCCAUGAGCGUGGCCCCGUGGGCCCACGAGGUGGGCGCCGCCACCCUCAAGGCCUUUGCCCGCACCGUCUUUGCCGACCUCGACGAGUUUGUGCUGUUCAUGUAUUCGGAGCGCCUGCCGCCGCCGACUUGGACCGGCGGGCUCUGCGUGCUCGAGGAGGCGGCCCCGGAUACCGACCAUUACCGGCGCUUCGUCAUCGGAAGGGGCAGGCAGUUUCGCGUCGGCGACGGCUGGAUGGUGGUUGGACAGCGGCCCAUGAAAGUGGCCGACAUAUCCUUCGAAGAACGCUGGUGAUGACUUGUCUCUUGUGUCCUGGGCGGAUUUUGUGCCGCCGAUGGCCCCAUGCCGGUCGGUUUUGUUGGUCCCCUUUUUCUUUUUCUUUUUCUUUCUUUCUUUCUUUUUUUUUUUUUUUUUUUUUUUUUUUUUUUUUUUUUUUUCCGGUCGUAUGGGCGUCGGCCUCUGCAACGUUGGGAGAACUAAUAUUAACAGUGUACGAAAGCACAAUCCUGAAUGAACGCAGCUGCAUCUCGGUGCGUUUUGCCGAGGGGCCGGCCGUUUGCUCCGUGAGCGACAUGACAAUCGUGAGCCACGGGUGGAAACGCAGACCGAGGAGUCGGGCCAGCCUCUCUCUAUUCCCUCCCUGAUAUGGUACAGAAUUAUACAUGUCUCCCAUUCCGCCGCGAGCCCGUGUUUAUGCUCCGAGCCUCCUGAGGAUCUUCUCCCGGACCACCUGUUGUGCCACUGCCGCGCCGUGUUGUAAAGAGAUAGCACCGAUGAUUGCGAAGAGGGCUGUGUUGAGGACGACGGUCAGGCCGGAGGUCUCGAGCUUUUCGGG